CUCUGUGUUUACGUUGAGAUGCUCACAACAAAGGACAGCACACCGCGGAGAGCCUGUCAUUUAACAUAAAACACCGUGGAUAUUUUGUCUUACGGUGAGCAUUUACAACUCUGAACUCCAGAGGAGAGGAAAACAAAUAACACAGGCUCUCAUCGGCUCCCAUUUUUAACGGUUUUUGCUUUUAUUUUUUUAUUUUUGUAAAGAAGGGGAAGAAAUUAAAGACGAAAUCUCCUUUUAUUUAAGCCGGUGGAGCAGUUAGCUAGCUUGCUAGCCUCAGCAAGUUGGGGGACAGCCAGGCAGCAGCUGGUGGAGAAGCUAGCAGCGGCGAAGGCAACAAAAGGACUUCAUCAUUUACAUAUCGCAGACGGGACCAGUGGUGCUGCGAAAGACGGACACAUGAAGCAUGAGAGGGUGGAGCUGAGGCUCAGCUGACCCUUCCCCUUCCUUCUCCUCCUUUCCCCUGUGCUCCAUCCGAUCAGCACCUCCCUCCCCCUCCCUUCCCCUCCUUUUCCCUUCCUGUGUCCCUCACCCUGUUGGAUCUCACCCAUCUUGCCUCCCCUCCUCCUCCUCCACCAAGCCUCAAUCAGCCGUGCCCAAUGUACUCCCCGGAGCAGGAAAACAUCUCCACCACCGCCUCCACCAAAGUGCCAGUGAAGUACGGAGAGCUCAUUGUGCUUGGGUACAAUGGCUCUCUGCCCAACGGGGACCGAGGCAGGCGCAAGAGCCGCUUUGCACUUUGUAAGAGACCGAAGGCGAACGGGGUAAAACCCAGCACAGUUCACAUCGCCUGCUCUCCACAGGCAGCCAAGGCCAUAAGCAACAAAGACCAGCACAGCAUCUCUUACACUCUGUCUCGAGCCCAGACGGUGGUGGUGGAGUACACCCAUGACAGCAAUACAGACAUGUUCCAGAUUGGUCGAUCGACAGAGAGUCCCAUAGACUUUGUAGUGACGGACACUGUGGCGGGCAGCCAGAGUAACGCAGACACCCAGUCGGUCCAGAGCACCAUCUCCCGCUUCGCCUGCCGCAUCAUGUGCCAGCGCACGCCGCCUUACACCGCACGCAUCUAUGCUGCUGGCUUCGACUCCUCCAAAAACAUCUUCUUAGGGGAGAAGGCUGCUAAGUGGAAGACAUCUGACGGUCAAAUGGACGGGCUGACCACCAACGGCGUGCUGGUGAUGCACCCUAGAAACGGCUUCACCCAGGACUCCAAGCCAGGCGUCUGGAGGGAGAUCUCAGUCUGUGGCAAUGUUUUCACUCUGCGGGAGACCCGCUCAGCGCAACAGCGAGGAAAGAUGGUGGAGACUGAGAGUCAGGAGCUGGUCGACGGCUCUCUCAUCGACCUUUGUGGCGCGACUCUGCUGUGGCGUACUGCCGAAGGCCUGUCUCGCACCCCCACCCUCAAACACCUGGAGGCGCUUCGGCAGGAAAUCAACGCAGCCCGCCCACAGUGUCCCGUGGGCUUCAACACGCUGGCCUUCCCCUCCAUGCGUCGCAAGGACACGCCAGACGAGAAGCAGCCCUGGGUCUACCUCCAGUGCGGCCACGUGCACGGCUACCACAACUGGGGCAACCACCGCGAGGAAAGGGAGGGCCGGGAGGGCCGGCAGAGGGAGUGUCCCAUGUGUCGAGCUAAAGGGCCAUACGUGCCGCUGUGGUUGGGCUGCGAGGCGGGGUUUUAAGUGGACGCCGCCCCGCCCACUCACGCCUUUAACCCCUGCGGCCAUGUUUGUUCAGAGAAGACAGCGGGCUUCUGGAGUCAGAUCCCGCUGCCACAUGGCACGCACACCUUCCACGCCGCCUGCCCCUUCUGUGCCCAACAGCUGACUGGUGAGCAGGGCUUCGUCAGACUCAUCUUCCAGGGACCCCUCGACUAGCAGGGCGACUUCCCAGCAUCCUUUGGAUAAAGCAGAGCGGGGAGUUUUUUUUGUUAAGACCCUGCUAUGAAAACGGGGAGCGACACAGAUUUGUUUUCUUUCCUCUGCAGUUAAGAUAAAAACUUUUUUCUGGACUUUUUGUCUCUCUCAUUUUUAAGUGACCUUUGUAUUGCUUUUUCAUGAAUGACGACAAAGAUUUCUAUAUUUUCACGUGAAACCAGAGACACAAAAACCAAACAGAGAACACUGCUGGGUAAACCUUUUGUUCGUUUCUCGGAAAGAACUUUCAACAACAGUAUUUUUCUAAAUUACUAAUGUACCGUAGUGCAAAUGUACGGUUUUUAUUCAUGUUUAUUGUUGCAAUAUACAUCUGUGUACAUCUCUUAGAGCUAAUUUAAACAAAGAUGUUUAUUUAUGGCCCAGGAACCAUCGCUUCAUCCUAUAUCUGUCAGAUAUGCCUAACAUCAAUACUAUUUAGCAUUUUAAUUUGAAAAUACAGUAUAUUGUUAAUCCGAUAUAAAGUUCUAGGUGUGUUCUGAGGGUUUCGUUCCUUGUCCCUCCCCGUCCAUGUUCACCCCUCAGAUCUGUUUGUCGUAUUUAUACACCCCGUCCUCUGGCGUGCUCUCACCCUGUGUGUUAACCCCUCAGUUACUUCUCGCCUUUUCACAUUCAAAGCAAUAGAUUUGGAACGGAAACCUCCUAAAGCAUUAUGGAAGUCCUCUGGGCGUCUGUGUAACACUCAGACAGCCUGAAUGGACUGCUCCCUCCCUUUAAAGUCCGAGUGAAACAUUUCUGUGGGUGAGUGAAUCUUUUCUGAUCACAUGUUAGCCAUGAUACCGCAGCUAUGUAGCACACACACAAACAUACACACACACACACACACACACACACACACACACACACACACACACAAACCAGACCUGGUUAAAUACUUUUUAUUAAUUAAAAGUGUAAAGGAACUUGCACCCAAACAUUUAUUGUACAAAAAUAAGAAUAUAGAUGUUACAAGUGCUGUUUAUUCCUUACUCUGCUUCUCUGCUGUGAUGUUUGGGGCUCACCUGCACAGGUACAGCAAGAAUGACACCCAUUGUUUUGCCAGAUACAGUAUUCUGAUCAGUAUUAAUCUGAGCUUAGAAAGUUAUUUAUGCUUUAGGCAUCUUACAACAACAUCCUGACUGUUUUUAACCAGAUAUUUAAAUGAAAACUUUCGCUCCAGCCAGUAUUGGAAGAUGCUGUUAGAGGCUGAUAAAUGACGUGGUUUAUUUUAACACUGAUUUACGGCACCGUUUCCGGCAUGAUUUUAAACACUAGUCAUGAUUUAUGAGAGGGAGGAAUUUCAGUGUGCUUCUCUGUCUCUCUCAGCUGAUCUGUACCAGUGCAGGAAGUCCCAUCUGUCUGAACACAACAUAAGAUAAACUGUAGCUGUUUGACUCAGGUUUGAUCCACACAAACACAUGCAUGGCUUCACGUUAGAAAAUUGUCUUCAUGGGUGUGUGUGUGUACUCAUCAGGGCUUCGUAUUAAUUUGUGCUUUCCAAACAGUGUGCUGAAGUGGCCCCAUGGAUCAUUUUAGGGGCAACGAGCUGUACAGUGUGAGAGCAAAAUAUCAAGACUGCCUUCUCUUUUAUUAACCAUGAUGAGAACUGUUAGCUCUCUAAUAACGGUCACAAGGGCUAAAUGAGAGUGCCGUUAACGAUGUCAAAACAAGCUUUUAAUUUCAGCAGCUUUAUUGAAACACAGUUGCCAACAGAUCAAUUUGUGAUAAAUGUGGUUCAAAUAAGAGCCUGCAGUUUAAUUAAACAUUAAUUCUGUGAGGUGGACAAACAACAGAAAGAAACUCUUGUCCGUUGUCUGGUUUAUAUGUUCCUCCCAAACCAGUCAGUCACAGAAAAGUCAACUUCUAUGUAAAACCUGCUAUUUUUUAAAAAAAAAAUUGACCAGUUGUGUUUCAUUAGAAUGAAUUAACGUGACAUAAAUAUCAAUAGCAGCACUGUUUGUUCAGGAGCUCAUUGAUAUUUUGGUCCUGACCAGUCAGGAACGAGUACUAAUGUAGUACUGGUUCGUAAUACCCAUCCUUAGUUUAUCCCACAUUUAGUGCUAAAUGAUUAAUCAUUUUUAUAUUAACAUCAAAUCUGGAAUGGAGCAAGUAAUCACAGCUGUGAUUUUUAUUUUUUUGGUGGGGUUUGGGGGUGUUUAAUCCUUUAUUAUGUAGUCAUUAGAAAGAUGACAGAAAAUGAGGGGAUAGAGAGACAAAGCUUGAAACAAAACCAGAGACGUUGGGGUUCAUGGCCGGCGUCUCAACCUGGAGUCGCCAUCUUCCUAUCUUAGAUUCAACCAGCCAUAAUGACAACUGUCACCAACAAAUUAAAACAAACCAUCUGCUUUAUUGGUAGGUAGGAGUCAACAUGAACCUGAGCCCUGAAAAAUAGAAAUCAAAGCAUCUACAACUCAUGACAAACUCCGCACGCUGAGGAAGAUCACGCAAUUUGAUUGAAAGCUGGGUAACAGCCAUGAAAUGGACCUUGUGUUUAGUCUGCUACUGCCCCCAUUUACCCUUCACACUACCUUCACAACAACACACACAGACUGAGACAAAAUGCUGAGUGCAGAGAAGACAGUCCUGAUGUUUUGCACAUUAUGUGUAAGCACAAAUUCUCCCAGCCUCCCGCUGCUGAGUGCACACACAACACAUCCUGCAUCCUAUUAACUCAUGAGAACGAGACACACACUUGAACUGUAGAAACUUCCCAGCAGUGAAACAGCUUCGCUGAUCAGUCACUUCCAAACUGUCCGCAAUACCUUCGUCAGUGUACACAGGAGUGUGUGUGCGCGUGAGUGUGUGCGUGAGAGAGAGAGAGAUUGUAAUUUAUGUGUUCACGAUGAUUGUAUGUGUGCAGUUUUCAGUUUGUGUGUGUUUAUCCAUCUGUCCAAACACACACACACACACACACAGUAUCAUUUCCAUCACCCUAGUGCUCGGACUGCAACACACUAACUCACCUCAGGGAGAAAACAAUGACUUGUGUCACCCCCCAACACACACACACACACACACACACACACACACACACACACACACACACACACACACACAGCUAAGGUCUUCUGAGGAUACCUCAUAAGUACAAAAAAAUCUAUUCUGGAUUUGAAGUCGUGUCUCCUUCACCCAGUUUUUGUUUCGUUUCAUGGAGGCAUCUCGUCUCUGUGUGUGUGAGUAAGGGCUUCACUCUGUCUCUGUACUGUUAUCUCAGCCCUGUUUUAACACAAACACACGUCCGCCUCCCUCCACUCCGCUCUUCUUCUUCUUCUGUCCGGAGUCUCCUUGUGCUUGUAAAGGCGAAAGCAAAGAAUGUUUCCAGCAAACACUUUUUUGUAACAACUUUAAACAAUAAAGUGUAAAAGUGGCAUA